AUGACAUCAGUAGCUACAGAUGGACCACCUGCCAUGGUUGCACGUUAUCGUGGAUUUAUAAGCUAUUUAAAACAAAAUGUGUCAGGGGUCUUAGCAAUACAUUGCGUCAUCCAUCGACAUUUAGUUGCUAAAAAUUUGAGGUUGAUACCAAACGACUCACCUAGCUCCUCGUUCAACGUCGUAGUCCUAGCUUUAGCGUGCGCGCCUGAUACCGCAUCGCACAUCGCUUCGUCCCAAUUGAUGAGGAAACUUUGCACGAACCGGAUCACCUCUACGCUCACGUACAACGAUAUCGGCACGACAGUGUUCAGCACGAUGGCGUACGAGAAGAAGACCAGCAGGGCGAUUAUGGUGGCGCCGCCUAGCGGCUCUUGCGGCACCAGCGUGUCCCACGGUAGGUACCUCUGGAAGUACUGUCCGACCAGCGUCUCCCAGAUGCCGCACGCCACCAUGCAGAAAAGGCACAUAGAUAACAGGAAAAAUACUAUCUGGAAACGGAGGAAAAGCUUGUAUCAAAAAUUCAAUGGUAACACUACGAUACUAUGUUAUUAA